CCCUUCUUUUGCAUCUUCGCUUCCAUUCCACCUGUUCUAGCUAGCUAGAAGUAACACCAGAGAAACAGACAUAAUGGCAGGCAUCAAGCACCUGGUCAUGGCCAAGUUCAAGGAAGGAGCGGCAGUGGAGCAGCUGGUUCUGGACAUGAAGAAACUCGCAUUAGAGUUGGAUAUCAUCAAAUCCUUCGAAUGGGGGGAGGACGUGAUGAAGAACGACAAGUAUAGCCAUGGAUUCACGCAUACGUUCAUCCUCAUGUUUGACAGCGCUGAGGACGUGGCGGCGUACAUAAAGCACCCUCUACACGUUGAGUACGCCAAGAAGUUUCGUGCAGGGACUGAGAAGAUCUUGGCGGUGGAUUUUCCGACUGUUAUUGAUAAGAUUACGACUGCUUGACUCAAUUACGUUGAGUACGCCAAGAAGUUUCGUGCAGGGACCGAGAAGAUCUUGGCGGUGGAUUUUCCGACUGUUAUUGAUAAGAUUACGACUGCUUGACUCAAUUAAUGAUAUGCAAUAAAUUCAUUUAACUAAUGAAUUAUUAUUUUUAUAUUAAAUGUAUUUCAUGAUCUAGAUUUUAUAAACAGGCAACUCCGCAUUCCUUGUA